GGGGUUUCACCAUGCUGGCCAGGCUGGUCUGGAGGUCCUGACCUCAAGCGAUUGCCCCGCUUCAGCCUCCCAAAGUGCUGGGAUUACCCACCGCGCCUGGCCGGCAACGUUUUCCUAACGGUGACUGGAGUAGCAGACUGGCGUGAACAAGAAUGGGCUUCAGGUGAGGGUCUAGCGUUGCCCCACGGACCAAUCCUGGUUGACGAGGCUAAGGGAAGCCCAGCAACCACGCAGAAGCCCGGCAAUCUUCCGCAGCGCUCCCAUCCUCCACAAGUCCUUACAACAGCCCCAGCACCACCCGCGGGACCAAAUGCUCAAGCUGGGAGCGGCGACAGGGAAGCGCUGGCUCCCAGAAUGGAGCCUAUUGGACCUGCCAGCUGAUGGUGACCAGGUGAAAUAGAUAUCCUGAGCACACCUGUUUGAUUCCAAGGGCUCCUACCAUAAUCUUUUGUAUAAAAGAUAAGGAGUUUUAAAACCUCGGAUGGCUUAAGUUUUCCCCAUGCAAAAAAUUCCGGACACACACAAAAAAGUAGAAAAGAACCUGGCUGCCUGCUUGAAUAAUUGGAGAGGAAAAAAUUACAGAGAUCAUCCCUGAAACACUGCGAAGCUCCUGAAGGGCAUGGACUCUAGCUUAUUACAGACAUACCCUGGCAUCUAGCACAAUACCUGGCACAUAAUAGCCUUCAUUUAGAAAGGGAACAUGAGAAGCACUGAAAAGUAAGGCACUGUGAUCUACACGGAAACCAUAUAUUGGGCUCACAGCUACUGAAUGAGACUGACUGGUGGAGACAGUUUAGUGAACCUGGUAAACACUACACGUGAACAGUGGUGAAAGGGAACAUUGAUUACUGAAGUGCCCUGGAGAGGGAAAGCACUGGUCAACAUCACAUGGACAAAUUUCAUUGUUUUCUAAAGAUGGCCUGGAAGUAGUCUUUGCCACUGCUUCCUCCACAAACAGCUCUUCAUAACAUGGGCUGCAUGAAAUCAAAGCAAACUUUCCCAUUUCCUACCAUAUAUGAAGGUGAGAAGCAGCAUGAGAGUGAAGAACCCUUUAUGCCAGAAGAGAGAUGUCUACCUAGGAUGCCUUCUCCAGUUAAUGUCAAAGAGGAAGUGAAGGAACCUCCAGGGACCAAUAUUGUGAUCUUGGAAUAUGCACACCGCCUGUCUCAGGAUAUCUUGUGUGAUGCCUUGCAGCAAUGGGCAUGCAAUAACAUCAAGUACCAUGACAUUCCAUACAUUGAGAGUGAGGGGCCUUGAGGCUGUAGGAUGACAACACUUUGACUGUGGAGGUGCUAGUUUGAAUAAAUGUGACAAAAGCAAAAACUGGUGUGAAAAAGUACAAAUAACUAUCUGGAUUUAAAAAUGUGUCUACGAUAAUGUCACUAGUGUAAGAACAACUAGGAUGAAAUGCAUUUUAAGUACUUCUAUGUUAAAUUUUAAGUACUUCUAUGUUAACAGCAAUUUCUCUCUGUUUAGUCUUAGAUUUUAGUCAUCUGAAGGGCUGAACAGAGGUCCUGUGACACCCAAUAAUCAGCUGAAUGUCACAGCACUUCUUCCUAAGUAAUGGCAUCACCAAAGAAAAUGCUAAGGAAUAAAAACUGCCCCAAAUUCCAA